AAUCUUAACUAACCAAUACUAUUGCUUAUUCUCUCUAUAUAAGAAUAUCGUUUCGAAUCCCUUCCUUCUCUCAUCUUUUCCAACAAAGCUCUUCGUUUUCCUUGUACACUCUCCCAUGGAUCCAGGUGCUGAGAACGUUAGAUACGAAGAGGAAUUCAUAAAGAAUCCUCGUGGGCAGAGGAUUUUUACGUGCAAAUGGCUGCCGCAGAACGAAGAACCCAAAGCCUUAAUCUUCUUGUGCCAUGGCUAUGCAAUGGAGUGCAGCAUAUCCAUGAAAGACACUGGGACUCGGUUAGCGAAGGCGGGUUACGCAGUUCAUGGAAUGGAUUACGAGGGCCAUGGGAAAUCUUCUGGGCUGCAAGGAUACAUUCCCAGGUUUAAGAAUCUGAUCGACGACUGCUUUGAACAUUUUGUCGCCAUUUGUGAGAGGCAUGAGAACAAGAAGAAGGCGAGAUUCCUGCUGGGGGAAUCCAUGGGAGGAGCCGUGGCCAUCCUCCUACACAGGAGGAACCCUUACUAUUGGAAUGGUGCUGUUCUGGUGGCCCCCAUGUGCAAGAUUGCUGAUGACAUGAAGCCUCAUCCUGCGAUGAACGUCAUCUUGAGGAAGUUGAGCAACAUCAUACCGACAUGGAGAAUAGUUCCUACCAAAGACAUCAUCGACAUUGCCUUCAAGUGCCCUGAAAAGAGGCAGGAGAUUCGGUCUAACCAGUACUGCUACAAUGGAAAACCUCGCUUGAAGACUGGUGUUGAGCUUCUCAUGGUCAGUCUGGACAUCGAGCAAAAGCUGCAUCAGGUUUCACUACCUUUUCUGAUCGUGCAUGGCGGCGAAGAUAUAGUGAUCGAUCCCUCGGUCAGCAAGCUGCUCUACGAAACUGCAUCAUCCGAGGACAAGACGUUCAAGCUCUACCCGGGCAUGUGGCAUGCGAUCACGUCCGGUGAGCCCCCGGAGAACAUCGACCUCGUCUUCUCAGACAUCGUCGCUUGGCUCGACCGAAGGAGGGCGGCCGGCGAAGGUUCUUUGAGAUCGGAGAUGGAGCAUAAGUCGAGGCACGACAACCAGCACCAGUAGCAGUUGUUGGACGCACAAGGCAAGAAGCAGUUUGUUUGCAAUCCGAUCCAUAUAUGUGAUGCAGUUGAAAACCAUAUCCAUAUUCUCCUGGCAAACCAUAUCCAUUGCCAUGAUCUGAUUCAUCUGACUCAUUUGAAGUAUCAGAAAAAAAAAAAAAAAAAAGAGGCAAUGAUUUAUUCA